GCAUGCAGCCGCGCCGUGCCCUGACGCCACAUGCCGAUGCGCCCUCCGGCCCGUCCGCGCAAGCCUCGCAAGGGCGAGCUGUGCCUCAAAGAGGGGCCAGCCGGCCAGCCAGCGGCUGCGCGCGUUCGAAUGGACGAGCGGAUCGCCCAAAGAAGCAGCUGGGGACGAGGCCACCAGCCAGUCCACAAGUUGGCAGCCCUUUGCGGCAAGCAUUCUUCAAGGGCAAGCGGAACAUCGUCGAGGAAGCCACACCUAUUGCGAAGAGGCGCCGCCAUGCUGUGGAGACCCUCCAGCAUUGCUUUGGCGCAGAUUUGGUGCUGCCCCCUGAGACACCGCUAGAGGAGCUGGAACGCCUGGUGGAAGACACGCAGAUGGAGCAGGUGUCGCAGUGCACGACGGUUCCGGGAAGCAGUCUAUUUCGAUGCUUAAGUUUGGAUUAGGAUGGCAGCGAGCACAUCCAUUGACGAGCGAAGCUGAAUCGUGAUUCGAGGAGCAAAGGAGCCUCCCCCUGCUAGCUGCAGAAUUUCACGUGGGAUAUAUAUACACAAAGAUUUGAUGAUUUUGAUGUGGCGGAAGUAUCCAGAAGUAUCG